AUGCAUCGAAGAUGGCUGUCAUUACCGUUACUGUCAAGUUGCGUGUCCGCAUUCUAUCCUUACCAGAGCAGCGAUGGAGGAGACUCCAAAAGCAAAAGAUUCAUUCCUCUGAAUCUAGAAUCUCCGUCAUCAGAUGACACGGGAGUGGUGACUGUUGACAUACAAAAAUUGCCCGUCAAGCGAGACAACAAGUUCUCCGUAGUGCUGUCGUCUGAGCCCAGCAUGCCUAACGCUAUGGCGAUCAGCCAAGACGGUCAGGAUUAUACUUAUUUCUCAACCAUAAAAGUCGGUUCGAAAGGUCAAGAGAUGUACAUGCUGCUAGACACCGGAUCAGCCAACACCUGGGUUAUGGGGUCCAAUUGCACUUCGAAUGCUUGCAAGAUUCAUAACACUUUUGGCCCAUCAGACUCCACGACGCUACAAACGACCACGCAAGCGUGGAGUAUGAGUUAUGGGACUGGCGAAGUACAAGGGUUGGUGGUCAAAGAUACGAUCAGUUUCGCCAAUUACAGCCUCGAGAUGGGAUUUGGCCUCGCAUCCAACGCGUCGGAUGAUUUUAACAGUUAUCCUAUGGACGGCAUUUUAGGUCUUGGACGGGCUAGCUCCGAUCAACUCGGCACCGAGACUGUGAUGACGGUGUUGAGCAAGCAAGGUGAUCUCGCCGACAACAUUGUUGGCAUUCACCUGCAGCGAAACUCGGAUGGAGCGAAGGACGGCCAGAUUACUUUUGGUGGAGUCGACAAGUCGAGGUUCACCAGCAAGAUCGGCUACACCAAGACCGCCAACCAGGAUAGCUGGGAGAUUGCCGCCGACGAUGCCGGGGUAGACGGCAAAGCAGCAGGCUUCAGCGGAAAGAGUGCCAUCAUCGACACCGGAACGUCUUACGUGCUCAUGCCGCCUGCAGAUGCCGCUACACUACAUAACUUGAUUCCCGGGAGCUCCAAGUCCGGUGAGAUUUUUACUGUACCCUGCUCGACCACCGCAAACGUGUAUUUCCGCUUUUCCGGCGUCAACUACACAAUUUCUCCCAAGGACUAUGUGGGCAAGCAAAGCGGGAGUGGGUGUCAGAGCAACAUCAUCGGCCAUCAGGCCUUCGGUGCGGAUGAGUGGAUUCUGGGCGAUGUUUUCCUCAAGAACGUCUAUACCGUUUUCGACUAUGGGAAUAAUCGCAUAGGUUUCGGGACGAAAUCGAGCACAGAUGACUCGGCUUCUUCAUCCACAACCGCUGCAUCGUCGAGCGGAACUUCCUCGCCAACUUCGAAAGCUUCGAGCAGUGCGUCAGGGUCGGCGUCGCACACAUCGGCUAAGUCAUCGGAAACGAUGACCACUACAGCAAGCGGAAGCAGUUCGACAGGGUCUGCAGACGCAACAUCAACGAGCUCGGCUGGCGACAGCAGUCCGUUUGGCGACUCAAGCACAAGCAAAAAUACCGGUGAUCGGACAGCCGUCCCCCUCCUUUCAGUUUUGUUGCUUAUUUCUGUGACGGGAUUUAUUAUCUGA